GAGAGUGACGCUACCUCUCCUAUAUCUACCUUGACCGGAACCGGUUCCGCGGGCUGAAGAAUACUAGUCUCGGAACCGCCAGUGCGCCUGGUAUUCAUCAAGCAGUGCGUUGGCGGUUCCGAGACUCAGCUGAUAUUCGGUAUUCAUCAGCCGCUCUCUACCGAUUUCACUCGGGUUCCGCCCGCCCGAGGAACCGAUUCCUUGAAUACUUGAGUUACGGUUCCUGCCCACCAAUAGCUGACAGGUGACGGAUGUAGUACAGAGAGGUGUGUGGUGCCACGUAGAAAUAUAUCACCCUCUAUUGUUAUUUGAAAGGCUUUUUAAUCUUACAUGAAUUACUAUGGCUGAGAUUGUCACUGAAGCCCUCAGUGUAAGUGACAAGUGGCAUCUAAGAAGUGUUGAUCUGAUCUCAACUCUACAACAUCAUCUGAAACCCUAUGAAUCAUGGGUAGUUCAAGCCUCAGUAUUGGGGGACAACAGGGAGGCUUUCACAUUCUUCUUCCCUCUUCUUGCUGGCCUGCAUAAUGAACUAGGAGCACGUACCCUUUGGGCAGCCAUACUUGUAGAGUGGUCCAAUUUGCUGUUGAAAUGGAUGUUUGUUGGGGAUCGGCCUUAUUGGUGGAUUGGUGAAACUUCUUUGUACACUGAUGAAACUCGUCCACAGCUACGAAAGUUUCCCAAUACAUGCGAAGCUGGUCCAGGCACCCCAUCAGGCCACCUCAUGAUGAAUGUAGCUAUGUUUUAUGUGAUCACAAGAGGUAUAUCUUCCGAGUUUAUAUGGAAGUGGAAAAGUAUAAGCAAUUGUAAGAAAACUGUGGUAGUUGCUUCCCUGUACUUCAUCUAUUUCCUGUGGAUAGGAGUGAUUUGUGUCUCAAGGCUUUACAUACAAGCUCAUUUUAUUCAUCAAAACAUCUUAGGAAUAUUUAUGGGACUUCUUGUUGGUAAUUUUGCAUGGAACAGUCCAGGAAUAGUAAGAUAUAGCAAGUUAAAAGCUGUACUCACGGCAGCAUUCCUGAUCACAUCUGCAGUAUCAAUCUAUAUGUUAUUGCUGUCUAAAGGAAUGGAUCCUCUAUGGACUUUGCCUCUUGCUCUGAAGCAUUGUGCACGUGUGGAGUAUGUGAGGAUUGACACGCAGCCCUUUUUCUUGAUGACAAGGUUUACUGGAACAGCUUUAGGACUGGGUUUAGGACUGUCUUCUGAGAAAAGGCUCAUAGUAUUGAAUUCACCAAGGAACAUCAUUCGCACCAUCCUUACCAUGAAAGCUGGAGUCAUCCUUGGGAGGGUAGCAUCACUCAUUCAGGCCAGCUUUCCUGCAGACGACUUGGUGUUGUUCCUGAUCCUGAGUCUCAGCCUCAGCAUUGCCUUGCCAUUCAUUAUUAUUGCUCUACUACCUCACUUCUUACUUACCAUGUAUUAUGGUAGUUAAAAGAUUGCGUUUGGUAAGAUCAUUACAAUGACCUGGUUAAAGAUUCAGUAAUUCAAUUACUUUGAUGAUUAAAAUUAUUGUAUUUUCCAUCAUGAGUUUCUUAUUUAUUUCUACGAAAAAUACUUUUCCCUUUGGGAUACAAGUUACUAGACGAAAAACUAAAUACCAAAGGAAUGGACGAGUUGUGGUGUGUUGGUAAUUGUGACACAAGAGCGUUGAGUAGUAGUCCACUGAGCACAAAAAAACUUUCUAGUGAUAUUCAUUAUAUUAAGUCCUGGAAAAAAAAAAAAAAUUGACUGAAUUAUUAAUUACAAAACAUAACAAUGGAGAUCAUCAAAUGUGUUUAAAUAUUUAGUUAU